ACAUAACCAUGACUUCAGGGGACAGGAGCAGGCUGUGAAUGAACCUCCCAAACUCAGGAAUAUGAUAGCAGAACACAGCCUUUGAAUUUCUCUCUCGCUUGGCUUGAAAAUCAGCUUCGGAAACCUCUUUCUCUCAAACUAGACUUCCGUUACUCUCAGAACUUCUUUCCCUUCCCCUCCGGCCAUCAAGUUCAUGGACAUAUAGCAUGUUAGAAUUAGAAGGGGGUUCAGACGUCUCAGAGUGCCGUUCACAGAUUUAACCCAGAGACUGACUUCCCUCUAGAAGCACCCACAGCUGUAUCCAUGGUCGGGGACAGGUAGUGGCAGCAGGCACGGGAAGCGCAGCUCUGCUGUACUGGGGACAAUGAGUGCGCUCAAACCAAGCGGGCUCAAGGUCCCCACCAAGAUCCUCAAGCCUGGCAGCACAGCCUUGAAGACACCCACUGCUGUCGCAGCUCCAGCAGAAAAAGCAAUAUCCAGUGAAAAAGCAUCAGGCGCCCCUUCCUCUGAGACACAAGAGGAAUUUGUGGACGACUUCCGAGUUGGGGAGCGAGUUUGGGUGAAUGGAAAUAAGCCUGGAUUUAUACAGUUUCUGGGUGAAACUCAGUUCGCACCAGGCCAGUGGGCCGGGAUUGUUCUAGAUGAACCCAUAGGUAAGAAUGAUGGCUCGGUGGCAGGAGUCCGGUAUUUCCAGUGUGAACCUUUAAAGGGCAUAUUCACCCGACCUUCCAAGUUGACAAGGAAGGUGCAGGCUGAAGAUGAAGCCAGUGGCCUGCAGACAACUCACCCUUCCAGAACGACCUCGCCUGUGUCCACUUCUGCAGCCAGCAUGACAGCCUCCUCCCCAGCCACCCCCUCACAUAUUCCCCAGAAGUCGUCCCAGCCAAUAGCCAAGGAACCUUCGGCUACACCUCCGAUCAGCAACCUCACAAAAACUGCCAGUGAAUCCAUCUCCAACCUCUCAGAGGCUGGCUCGGUCAAGAAAGGAGAGCGAGAACUCAAAAUUGGAGACAGAGUACUGGUCGGUGGCACUAAGGCUGGUGUGGUCCGGUUUCUCGGGGAGACGGACUUUGCCAAGGGGGAGUGGUGUGGUGUGGAGUUAGAUGAGCCUCUUGGGAAGAAUGACGGGGCUGUUGCUGGCACAAGGUAUUUUCAGUGUCAACCCAAAUAUGGCCUGUUUGCUCCCGUCCACAAAGUGACCAAGAUCGGCUUCCCUUCCACUACGCCAGCCAAAGCCAAGGCCGCCGCGGUGAGGCGAGUGAUGGCCACCACGCCCGCCAGCCUGAAGCGCAGCCCGUCCGCAUCCUCUCUCAGCUCCCUGAGCUCGGUGGCCUCCUCCGUGAGCAGCAAGCCCAGUCGCACAGGAUUAUUGACCGAAACCUCCUCCCGGUACGCCAGGAAGAUCUCCGGCACCACCGCCCUCCAGGAGGCCCUGAAAGAGAAGCAGCAGCACAUUGAGCAGCUGCUGGCCGAACGGGAUCUAGAGAGGGCGGAGGUGGCCAAGGCCACGAGCCACGUGGGGGAAAUAGAGCAGGAGCUAGCCCUGGCCCGGGACGGACACGACCAGCAUGUCCUGGAACUGGAGGCCAAGAUGGACCAGCUGCGAGCCAUGGUGGAAGCUGCCGACAGGGAGAAAGUGGAACUGCUCAACCAACUAGAAGAGGAGAAAAGGAAGGUGGAGGAUCUUCAGUUCCGGGUGGAGGAAGAAUCAAUUACUAAAGGCGACCUUGAGCAAAAGAGCCAGAUUUCUGAAGAUCCUGAGAAUACGCAGACCAAACUGGAGCAUGCCCGCAUUAAGGAGCUUGAACAGAGCCUGCUCUUUGAAAAGACCAAAGCUGACAAACUCCAGAGGGAGUUAGAAGACACUAGGGUGGCUACAGUAUCAGAAAAGUCUCGUAUAAUGGAGCUAGAGAAAGACCUAGCGUUGAGAGUGCAGGAAGUAGCCGAGCUGCGAAGAAGGCUCGAGUCCAAUAAACCUGCCGGGGAUGUUGACACGUCGCUCUCCCUUUUGCAAGAGAUCAGCUCUUUGCAAGAGAAGUUAGAAGCCGCCCGUACUGACCACCAAAGAGAAAUCGCUUCCCUGAAGGAGCACUUUGGAGCCCAGGAGGAGACGCAUCAGAAGGAGGUGAAGGCUCUGCAGGCUGCCUCAGAGAAGCUCUCCAAGGAGAACGAGUCGCUGAAAAGCAAGCUUGACCACGCCAACAAGGAGAACUCGGACGUGAUAGCCCUGUGGAAGUCCAAGCUGGAGACCGCCAUCGCGUCCCACCAGCAGGCCAUGGAGGAGCUGAAGGCUUCCUUCAGCAAGGGGGUGGGGACAGAGACGGCCGAGCUGGCCGCACUGAAAACGCAGAUAGAGAAAAUGAGACUAGAUUACCAGCACGAAAUAGAAAGCUUGCAGAAUCAACAAGACUCCGAACGGUCUGCUCACACUCAAGAGAUAGAAGCCGUCAGGGCAAAGCUGAUGGAGGUCAUUAAGGAGAAAGAGAACAGUCUGGAAGCCGUCCAGUCGAAACUGGACAAGGCAGAAGACCAGCACCUGAUAGAAAUGGAAGACGCCUUGAACAGACUGCAGGAAGCCGAGACAAAGGUAAAGGAGCUAGAGGUGCUGCAAGCCCAGUGCAGUGAGCAAACCAAGGUUAUUGAUAGUUUUACGUCGCAGCUCAAGGCUGCCGAGGAAAAGCUGCUGGAUCUGGACGCUCUUCGGAAAGCCAGUUCCGAAGGUAAAUUGGAGAUCGAGAAACUUAGACAGCAGUUUGAGGCAGCUGAGCAACAGAUUAAAAAUUUAGAGGUGGAAAGGAAUGCUGCAAGUGACAAGGCUAGUAGCAUUUCCAAAGAGCUGCAGGGGAAAGAGCUCACACUCAGCAAACUCCAGGAGCACGUGAGUGAAGUCAGUCACGUGAAAGAGGCUUUGGAGAAAGAACUUCAGGUGUUGAAAGAAAAGUUUGCUGGUGCUUCAGAGGAGGCGGUCUCUGUCCAGAGGAAUAUGCAAGAAACUGUAAAUAAAUUACACCAAAAAGAGGAGCAGUUUAAUGCGCUGUCUUCUGAAUUGGAGAAGUUGCGAGAAAACCUAACAGGCAUGGAGGCAAAAUUUAGAGAGAGAGAUGAAAGAGAAGAGCAGUUGAUAAAGGCAAAAGAAAAGCUGGAAAACGACAUUGCAGAAAUAAUGAAAAUGUCAGGAGAUAAUUCUUCUCAGUUGACAAAAAUGAAUGACGAGUUACGUCAGAAAGAAAGAAAUGUGGAAGAAUUACAGCUAAAACUUACAAAGGCCAAUGAAAAUGUGAGCUGUCUGCAGAAAAGUAUUGGGGAUGUAACUCUCAAAGCUGAACAGAGCCAGCAAGAAGCAACUAAAAAGCAUGAGGAAGAAAAGAAAGAUUUGCUGAAAAAAUUGCUGGACCUGGAAAAGAAGAUGGAAACGAGCCACAACCAGUGUCAAGAUCUGAAAGCCAGGUAUGAGGAAGCCAGUUCUGAGACCAAGGCGAAGCAUGAGGAGGCUCUGCAGAAGCUGCAGACGCUGCUGCGGGGCACAGAGGAGAGGCUGGCGGCCACCCAGGAGCAGAACAAGGACUUGUUGCAGGAAGUGGUGGAAUUGAAAAAACAAGCCGAGGAUGCUAGAGCUGCUCAAACAGCAGAAGACGCCAUGCAGAUCAUGGAACAGAUGACCAAAGAGAAGUCGGAAACUCUCGCCUUCUUGGAGGAUACCAAGCAAACCAAUGAAAAACUCCAGAAUGAAUUGGAUACACUUAAAGAAAACAACUUGAAAAAUGUGGAAGAGCUGAACAAGUCGAAAGAACUUCUGACUGUUGAGAAUCAGAAAAUGGAAGAAUUCAGGAAAGAAAUAGAAACCCUGAAGCAGGCAGCUGCUCAGAAGUCCCAGCAGCUUUCAGCACUGAAAGCGGAGAACGUGAAACUUGCCGAGGAGCUGGGGCGAAGCAGGGACGAAGUCACGAGUCAUCAGAAGGUGGAAGAGGAGAGAUCUGUGCUCAACAAUCAGUUGUUAGAAAUGAAAAAGAGAGAAUCCCAGUUGAUAAAAGACGCAGAUGAGGAAAAAGCCUCCUUGCAGAAGUCCAUCAGCAUCACUAGUGCCUUACUCACGGAGAAGGAUGCCGAGCUGGAGAAGCUGAGGAACGAGGUCACGGUGCUCAGGGGAGAAAACGCCUCUGCCAAGUCCUUGCAUUCAGUUGUCCAGUCUCUUGAGUCUGACAAGGUGAAGCUCGAGCUCAAGGUAAAGAACUUGGAGCUUCAACUCAAGGAAAACAAGAGGCAGCUCAGCAGCUCCUCAGGUAAUACUGAUACUCAGGCGGAAGAGGACGAAAGAGCCCAGGAGAGUCAGAUUGACUUCCUAAAUUCAGUAAUAGUGGACCUUCAGAGGAAGAAUCAAGACCUCAAGCUGAAGGUGGAAAUGAUGUCAGAAGCGGCCCUUAAUGGGAAUGGCGAUGACCUAAACAAUUAUGACAGUGACGACCAGGAGAAACAGUCCAAGAAGAAACCUCGCCUCUUCUGUGACAUAUGUGACUGCUUCGAUCUCCACGACACAGAGGACUGUCCCACCCAGGCGCAAAUGUCGGAGGACCCCCCUCACUCCACACACCACGGCAGUCGGAGCGAGGAGCGCCCGUACUGUGAGAUCUGUGAGAUGUUCGGGCACUGGGCAACCAACUGCAACGACGACGAGACCUUCUGACGAAGCCUCACAUCCGGGACUGGGCUUUCUCGGACGCACCAGCAUCGGGGCAACCGAACACCAGCAUUAUGUGUGCAGACUUCUGGACAACUCACGUUAUUUUUGACCCCCACCAACAAAUCUAAGAAAAUAUUUUGAACUUCAACAAAUCGCCCUUUUAGUUUCCCCGUAUACGUUAGAAUAAUAAAUACUUAAGAGGUGAGUUUUCACCUCUUAUUUUUGGCGUCUUGAUUUUUAAGUUCCAACAGGACGUUGCACCAGAGGUCGUUACAUAGAUUGUCCCGAGGGAAACCUCCAAGAACAAUCCCUACCCUCCAGUACCUUAUUUAAGUAACUUUAAAUUAUGCCAUUCUCAUAUUUGCACUAAAAUCUUCCCAGGCUGCGUUUUUGUAUAGUGAGAUGUUUUGGUUAAGCUUUGACACUGGAAUGAGUUGAAAAAAAAUGUGCCAUUUUGCAUUUUCAUCUACUCAUAUAGAGCAUUUUAUUUUUAGUCGAAGAAAUAACAGAUCUUUGCACUACCUGAUGUCAGUAGUGCCUUUACUUCAGGCUUGGUAACACUUAGGUGUGAUGAUAAAUCAUGAAACAGGUAAAGGGAGGGGGGAGCCCCCAAACUGCUGUGGGACGUUUUAUAAUCGAUAUGCUGCACCCACUUACUCUACUGUGGCGCUUUGUUUAUUGGUUUUGCAUAAUUUCAGCUAUAUAUUGUAUGUAUAUAUUUUUUAAAAAUCUCUAUUUUGGGAAAAAGGAUUCACAAUUGUGUCUUUCUUUUCAGAUUUUUACCUUUAUGAAAAAGAAAACACUUAGAAUGUUUAUCAGGAUGUAAUGGGCUAGGCCAGAAAUAGCAUCACACAGCUUUGGAGCUAUUUUUUAUUUUUGUUUUCAUUUUGUUUCUUUAUCAGAUCUAAAUAAAUACAAUAUUUUUCCUUCUCUAGCAGAUAUCCCCAGCAGUCGAUUAAUUAGAUAAUAAGCUGCUAUACAACACUUACAUUAACCAAUCUACAAUCUUUACAAGUUGUAUUUACUGUCUUUUUAGAUGAAUGUAUGAUGAGAAAUUCAAUAUUAAUAAUUUUGGAUUUUCUUAUCACAAAAAAUUAAAUGAAGGACCUCAGCCACCAGAAGUUUAUCAACCAGUUUUAUUAAACUAUUUAUCUUGUUUUGAAUUGAAUGUCUUCUAGAAGAUGUAAAAAGUAAUAAAUAAAUGUAUCUCCAUGCUACAUGUAUAAUAAGAACUUCUAUAAUUGUACAUAUGCCUUUGAUGUAUUUUCCCCUCAAGAUUAUUAAUUGUAUUUGACAAGUGAAAAACCUGUAAUCAAUUGAAAUUUCUGGUUAUAAACAUAAUAGGAAUUGUUUCACAAACAAUAUGUAAAGCAGUAUUAAAAUUUGAGCAAAAAAA